CUUUCGCACACACCCUCUCAGCCCCUGUCUUCCAGCUGCCGUCUGACCUCUGCGAGCGCACGGGCGCCGCCGCGCACAGCCGUGUGAGUCGAGCCGCGUUGCGGCUUGGACGUGUCGUGUGGCUGGCGGCAUGGCAUGGCGCAGCGCGGAGAAUUGCAUCGGGACGUGCAGCAGCAUCAAGACGGCACAGCCUCGUGCAGGUGUUGGACUCGCGGCGAGGGUCCAUGCGCGGGGCGGGGUGGAGGCGACGACGACAGCGACGCAUGCCUCGCACCUCUCCACGCUGACAACUGCCCAGCGCAACCCGCAGCGUCACCUCAACAGCGCCAUGGCGCAAGCCAUCGAGCGCGCCUCGACGAGCGACCUGGGCCGCAGCACGCACAGCUCGUCGUCGGAAGAGGCCGAGCUGUACCUCAGCGCCUGCUCCGACGUGCCCGUCGAGCUCGUCGACAUCGAGCCGGCGCUCAUCGAGGAUGGCGGCCUCGAGGCCGUCGAGGAUGCCUUUGGCGUGCACGACGUGCUGGCCGACGCAGAGAUGCCCGAGCCGCCGCCGCCGCCGCCGCCGCCGCCGGCCUACAUGCUCGAGCCCGAGGCUGUGCCUGGCCCGUCCUACAUGCUAGACAGCACCUCGGGCGGCCAGCUCGAAAGCAACAUCUUCUUCCACCAGGUCCAGGACGCAAUCGAGGCGGCGCAGGCAGCUGCGGAGCCGUCGCUCGCGGCACUGCCUCGCGAGUCGCGCCCCGGCACGAGCGACGAGAGCACCAGCCGGCCGGCGGCGUCAGAGAGCGACUCGAGCACGGAGAGCAGCCUGCUGAGCGCCAGCUCCCAGAGCGAGGAUCAGGGCUCGACACUGCUGCGCAACUCGACGGGUCAGAUGAGCGUACAGUCGGCCGAGGACAGCGGCGUGGUGAGCGACGGCGAUGGAGAGGCAUACGAGAGCGGAAACGACUCGCCGUGGACGCGUCGCUACGCUAACGACGAUGCCGAGGCGUUUCUGGAGGAGGUCAGCGAGCCUGAAGAGUACGAAACGGAGAGCGACGACCUCUCGACCCCGCCGCCGGAGACCCACCCUCGUCACCGGGCCGGCCGUGCAGGCACGCCGUGGCGCAAGCUCGACAAGGUGCCGUCGUCCGAGGAGCUGCACACUGCACCGCGCGGCAAGACGCGUGGCCUAUCGCCUGGCCAGGAGUCGUGGUCGAUCAAUUACAUCAGCGCCGAGCUGCUGCAGCUCAUCGUCGACCAGCUCGGACCCGACGCGCUCUUUCCCCCGACCGAGAAUCGUCUGCUGCCGGGCGGGCCCUACGUCGGCCAUCCGGCGCCCAAGGAUGUCUACCAGCAGCGACGCAUCUUUGAUCUCUUCCGCUGGCGCUCCUGGUUCCUCGGACUGCGUCAGCUGUCGAAGCGUUUCGCAUCGGCCGUGUUUCAGUCGAGCUCGUCGUGGAUGACGUUCAUCCAGCUCGUCUGCCGCACGGAUCUGGGCAAUCAGCCCGGCUCGCCGUUCCAGCUGGCGCGCCUCGUGCUGAGGCACACGUGCUGCGUCGUGUGCUUGGUUCCCGGCCAGUUCAUCCCGGACAGAGGCUACAUGUCCAAGCCGGUCUUCACCCUCUCGCUCGGAACAGUGCCGAUGUGUCCGAUGCACGCACGCCUGUGCACCGCUCCCGGCCCUCGCAAGUGGCUGUCGUGCCACGACUGCCUGCUCAUCGAGACGGACUCCCGUGGCAUGUCGAUCUGCUUCGACCACAUCGCGUUUCCCCUCUCCAAGAAGAUGGACGCCAACCUGUGCUCCGACUGUCGUCAGGACCAGCUGGAGCUCCAGCUCAUGAGCAAGUCAGUGCCAGCAAGCGUGCGCUCGCCCAGACGCGUCCUGACCCUGCUCGGUGGCAGAUACGGCCAGCGGCCGCUGCACCAGACGGCCUACUGCGAGUCCCUCGAGGUGUAUGCGUACAUGUGGGAGGGCGCACGCACAGCUGUGUACGCAGCGCGCAAGGCCAUGGAACACUUCUGGCUCUCGAGCCUCUGGCACUUCAAGCACUGGCGCGACGUCGCCACUAAGCAGGAGCUCGCGUCUCGCGCCCGGACGCGCCUGAACCGAGCUCGCCUCAGCAGCGCGCUGAUGCCGUCCAUGCUCGCGUACGUCGAAGAGGAGUCGGACGACGAGGAAACGGCCGAGGCCGCGUGGAACGAUCCAGAGGUCAGAGAGACUGCGCGUCGCCAGUGCCUCUCCUUCCACGGUCGAGACAAGUUCCUCAAUGGUCUCUGGUUCUCCGAGGAUGAGCUGUCCGAGAUGCCGCUCAAGCCGCUGGUGGUGUCCGGUCCGCUGCUUCUGCCAUCCCUGCCCAUCGAUGAGGGACUGUACGGGCCGGGCAUGCCUACCGGUCACGUCGAGCGCGACGCACAGGGCCGUCUUGUGCGCCAGUGGCACUUAUCGGCGCCCAGUCGUGAGCUGCGCACCAAGGCGGACAUCCUCUGGACCGAUGAGGUGCUGCCACACUUCCUCGGCCUGCCGCUGCACAAUAUCGCACGCCACCUGCAGCAGGAGCACGGACAGAAAGCCUCCGACUUCGCCGCGCGCACGACGGUGCAGGGCCUGCUCGUUCUGCUGCGCCACAAGCCGUUCUGGCACCGCAACAAGAAGGCCAAGAAGGGCUUCGCCACGGCGCCAGCGAAGCAGGACGAGGAGCCCGUCCUCCCGGCUCUGCCGUUCAGCUACUCGGAUGUCGGCAUCGCCACAUGCGCCGUCAUCGAGGAAAUCUGGACCGCCGAGUCGGCCUUCCUGAGCGAGUGCGCCUGCGGCAUCUGUCUGCGCCAGAAGCGCAAGCGCGAGACGGGCGACGACGGCAAGGCCAACCGCAGCGGCACGGCGCCGGCUGCAGCUCAGGUCGAGCAGAAGAAGAAUGACGGCGUCGACGCGCCGGCUCCCGACUCGCGCGAGGCGACGGAGUGGGAGGAUGCGAUGGGCGGCGACACGCCGGACAACUGGAGCAACCUCACCGACGCCGAGGAGGAAGUGCAGCCUCGCGUCAGCACGCGUGAGAAGAGCAAGACGGAGCUCUUCAUGCGCCUCAUCAACAAUUGCGACGCGUACGGCGAGGAGCAAGAGUUCAACUUCUACGAGGAGGGCGAAGAGACGGAGUCGGAGGAGGAGGACGACGACGACGACGACGACAACAUGUCCGACACGGCGCGUAAGGCCCAGGAGGCGCGUGCCCGCAGCUGCGCCGAGGCGCUCGGCGCCGAUUACCUUCGCGAGUGAGCGACGACGCAGCUCGCGUCCCAUUCACGGCUCAAGACAGCCACAUUCCCGCGUCACCUGCUUCGACUUCGCAUCGUGUACAUCACCAUCCAGCUCACCGCCGCGGCCAUCGACCACCUCAGUCACCCUAUCCCCUCAUGUAGCCUUCCGCGCAGGCGCGGCCGCGACGCGCCCCUUCCAGGCCGUCGCGGCGAGAGCGCCGCCAAUCCCGAUCCAGCGUGACC